AUGUCCAAUGAAAGAAGUGAACGCAAAACGUUGCAUCAUCGUUUGAAGGCAAACACAAAUAUCCCAGAACCUCAUCGCACACAUCGGAAACUUAUAACGGAAAUUUGGGUGAACAGUCAAAAGUCAAAAGAUGGGCAGUCAAAAGAUGAACAACUGACACUAAUAUCCGAGAUUGUUCACCUCAUCGUCGGAACAACCGAGAAUCCAUUUGAAGCAGCCAUCGAAUUGCACAAGCAUUCCUGUGACUACAGUCUUGAGAACAACGAUCGAAUAGCUUCUAGAAUUCUAUUGUAUUUCGAGAAGUGGUUGAACAAGCGCGAUGAUCGAGAAACGUUAGAGAGAAAGUUUCUCACCAUCGAUUUACAGAAAAUCGCCUUCGAUGUCGCAACGAAAGAGACAACGAUUUCAUUGCCAGAAAUUUUCAAAAUAUUCCGAAUUCAUGAAGAAAAUCAAUCGGAGCUGAAGUCUUUCUUGAAUUCACAAAUUCAAUUGUUAUGUAAUCAAUUGAAAUUCAAAGAAUCUCUGCAAGUGGUCGAUACUUUAUCGUGGCAUGAAAGAUAUUCGAUAGAGCUAUUCCUUGUCCCGUGCUUUCUGCAAAGUCGUGCUCAUUUGGUUGAAGAAUUUCUGAAGAAAAGUCCAGGACUUAUGUUUCAUUUUGUACAAUGGUUGGAUAGCUUCGUUUCACUGAGACGCACACAGCUUGCUGAAAGGCUGAAACGAUACAAAGAACUGGGAGUGAUGCCGGUAGAGGAGCUACUUUACGAUAAAACAUUGGAGAGAUACAUCUCGAGACUGCUUUGCGCUUAUAAAAUCGAUCCUAAACUGACGCCGAAUUUCACAAGAGCGCGACUGCACAAGAGAAUUAUAUAUGUAAUUCAAAAAUUUUUCCAAUUCGAUACUCCUAAAACAUUCGAGACUCGCUACAACUACUUUGGGAAUUUGUUUAAUUGCGUAAAAGAGGACAAUCAAAUGAAACGCUUUCUGCUCGUCGUUUUACUGCAAAAGGGACAUCACUUUGUGGGAGAAGCGACUUGGUGGAUGCUAAUGUUGAGGGCGGAGAAUGCCUAUUGGCUUCCUCACGAACUUAGAACUCUUAUUCAAUCUAAUCCAGUUUUUGUUGCCCAACAGAGAGAAGAGAUAAACAAGUUCUGUUUACUGAUCAGACAAGAUGAGACGGCGAUUCCAAAAUUUCUUCACGGAGACUAUUCGAUUUGUUUAGUGGACAACUCAAAGCUCGAUCUCUUUCGUCAAAUACCAGAUUUACUUUUGAAAGAACAACUAAUUGGCAUCGAUGCUGAGUGGGAGCAGGGAGUCGCGUUUGACAAAAUCGAUCUGUUACAAAUUGCUUGCUCAAAUUGUGUUUAUUUGCUCGAUUUCGUCUCAUUGAUCCGAUUUUCGACGCUGAACGAAUGGCGAGCUUUACUUGAGGCUUUGCUGACUGGACCCGCUAUUAAAUUGGUGUUUUCUUUUGAUCAAGAUCUCAUCAAUCUCUUCAACACAUUCCCUAGUCUAAUCGAUUUGAAAUCGAAAAUGACAAAUGUCUUUUGCUUGAAUCGGCUAGCAAACAAAAUAAUAAAUGCGAAUAAGAAUAUAAUUGAUGUAUCUGAUCUGGAAAGUAUUUCAAUGUAUACAGGAAUCGAUGGAGAAAACGUUAUGAAAAAUCAUCAAUUCUCGCUAAGCUAUCUCUACAAAAAAAUUGUCGGAAAAGUUUUAGACAAAGAGCAACAGACAUCACCGUGGAGUUAUCGACCGCUUAGCUCGAGACAAACUUUCUAUGCAGCUCAAGAUGCCUAUUGUUUACGCGAAAUCUAUUUUGAAUUACAAAAAAGAAUCAGAGAAGCAGAUCUGAACUUUGAGAGCUUUUUCCUAAAUAACAAGGGAGUAUUGAAAAGACCGAAAGCUGAGAAACAAAAAGUCGACGUUGUGGUCGAUAUGGAAAAGCUUGAAAAGGAAAUGAGAGAAUUUCUCGUCGUAACUGGAAAUGAGCUGGCUGAAACGCGGAGUUUAAAGCUGAUUUUCGAUAAAGGCUUUGGCAAUCUUGAGACUUAUUUGCGACAAAUGGGAGUCGAUGUCCUGAAAAUAAGUGGCGAUCUGACGGCUGCUCAAUUAGCCGAGAGACACCCUGAUCGACACCUUGUUACCAAUGAGAAAGCGUUUGGAAAAAUGAGCAGCGGAAUCAAGCGAAUAUUGGAGAAAAGAGUGUUCUUUCUCAGUGCACAGCCGAUUCCACUGAUCGAAGCCGCUGAAUUGAUUUUCAAAAACUUCAUGCUACUCCCGAAACGAAGCUACCUUUUUUCGCGUUGUAUGCAUUGCAACGAGUCAUCACUUCUUUUGAUCCCUCGUCCGAUUCUCCACUUUCUGUAUCAUUUCACCGUCGAGGUUCAGGGGAUCUACGCAAGAGAGGAGGAGUUUUUCGUUGAGGAUUGGCUGCCAACACUAGAAAAUCUAUCGACUGAGAGAUUUGGCGUUGAAGCAACGGUCGAUUUCAUCGAAGCACCCUACAAAAUUGUAGCAAAAUGUGUGAACGGAGACAUCGAUUUGAAUGCUGGAGUGAUAAUCGGAAAGAAUGGGAGAAAAUCGGUCCAGAUCGCUAUUCAAAAAUGUCCAUCAAACGUUUUUCGCCAUUCGACGAUCCCCUAUUUUCACGUUUGCAGUGGUUGUGGACAAGUUUUUUGGAACGAAGCGUUGGGAAGGUUUCAAUCUUUGGGAGAU